CCGAGGUACACAAGUAAAUGUUUCUUCAACGCGUCAAGUUUCGAACUCUCUGCGCAUGCUAAUGGGGAUACGUAACUUCUUACACAAGACUUCAUUUGGAAAAUAUGCUUAUUUAACGUCGCCUCGCUAAAAGAGGACGAACAAGACCUGCUGUAGCAUAAAUACGCCUUUUGACGAAUCUGCUAAAGAUACUCGUUAAUUCGGGAUACACAAAAACGUGUUGGCGGACAAGCAGGAAUUUAUUUAUCAAGAGGUUGUACGAUUUAGGAACUGAAAUUUGAAAAAUUGAAAGUAAAAUUUAGGCCUUUGAACUUUACAUUGAAGGCUUCCGGUGGCCUUUGUUAGCUUCCACCUCAAAUUAAUACAGAGCUGCUCCUAUGGUGAAACAUUUGUACCUGAGCAUAUAGCAGGGCUCCCACGCACAGGGCAGGAGGGGUCGCUGAGUGCCUGAAGAAAAUUAAGACUUGCAGUGGCAGAUGCAGCAGUGCGGCCCUUCAUCUCCCAGCUGCUCCACCUCUGACCGCCUCCCCCUCUGUUCCCUCAACACAGCUGCACGUGGAAGUGAGACUUCGGCUGAACCGCAGAAACGCGAACCUGCAGAUCUCUCCAGGAUGAGACCCAUCGUGAUUUUCUAUGGAUUCUACCUGCUGUGCUUUGUCCUGGGUGUGGCCUGCGUGGUGUGCGUGUGCCUGUGGAACAGCAAGUGGCGCGGCGGCUUUGCCUGGGAUGGCUCGUCGCUUCAGUUCAACUGGCACCCCGUCCUGAUGGUGACGGGUCUGGUGGUGCUGUAUGGCAACGGAGCUGUGUUGUACCGCAUCCCUCUGACCUGGGGUCAGAAUAAACUCCCGUGGAAGCUCCUUCAUGCGGCACUGAUGCUCCUCGCCCUGGUGCUGUCGAUCGUGGGGCUGUGUGCUGUGUUUGACUUUCACAACGCCCAAAAUACACCCAACCUCUACUCCAUACACAGCUGGAUCGGAAUCGCAGCAACAGCUCUUUUCGCAAUGCAGUGGGUGGCGGGUAUGGCAGGUUUCCUCCUUCCCUGCUCCCCCAUAUCUUUACGUAAACGCCUGAAACCCAUGCAUGUGUGGUUGGGAGGCAGCAUACUGACGCUCAGCAUCGCUGCCUGCAUCUCUGGCAUCAACGAGAAACUCUUCUUUGUUCUGAAAGGAAUCAAUAUGACUCAGCCAUACUCUGCCCUUCCACCUGAGGCUUUGUUGGGAAAUUCAUUAGGGGUUUUGAUCGUAGCAUUUGGCCUGGUUGUCCUCAAGAUUCUGUCCACCCGAGAAUGGCAGAGACCAGACUCCAGGCCUGAGGAUAUGGCCUACACGCCUUUGCUUCAAGAAGAAAAUGAAUGAAGGGGAACUUCAGAGCUGCUCUCUGAAUUACUGCAAAAUCAGUUCAGCUGUCACAAGUGGCCAAAAAAUCUCUGUUCUGAAUGUUGAAGCAGCUGCCUGUAGUGUGUGAGCACUAUCUGUUGGUUUUUAGUUGUAAAUAUUUAUUUGAAAUUAUAUUUAAGAUUGCCUUUCUGCCCAAAGAAUAAAAAGCAUUUGUCAUCAAA